CAUUUGUUCAGUUUAAGGAAGUUUUGAUGAAAAACUCGUUUCUAGACUGAUUUUAGUUCUUUAAAAGGUUGCUUUAUGACUUCCGGUUAAACCGCGGGAGUUCUGGCGUUACGUUACUAUGGCAACUGGGUUUGGUUUCUUUAUAGGUGAAAACAGUGAGCUGAAUUCAUUUAUAUUUACUUACUAUUUCACCUUCUUCUAUCCACUAGCCUGAUAUUAUAGUUUAUUACAAAAGGGCCGUCUUUUGUCUGCUUUAGUUUUGUUAUUACUAUUUAUCCAUAUAAUACGGGUGACGAUGCAGACUGUAACCUCAGACAGCGCCCGGGAGGAAACCGUGACCGUGAGGAGAAGCGAGUCCGCGGACGCUGAAGAGAUAGACGGCCUCAUUAGUCCAUCUGCGCAGGCGGUGUUUGGAAGAGUCAAUGUUAUUCAUCUGCUAGAGAAAGCUAACCUGGCUGUGACUCUGACCAAUGAAAAGGGCGACAUCCUAGGCCACGCUUCCUUCUUUGAUCACCCUAUUGGAGAUCUGGUGGAUCAGACGCAGUGGGAAGCUUUCAUGCAGGAACACUUCAGUGUUGGACAAUGCACACCUUUCAACACACUUUUCCUCCACCUUUUUGUGGCACGGCCGAAUUUCACCACAGCAAGUGUGAAAGAGAUAAUGAGGGCCAUCUUUAACGCCAUUGCUGAGCUUGAAUACGUCUGUCUGCUCAGCCCACACGUUGGUAGUUUAGAGCCAGCGCUGGAUGAAAUAUUUGAGCCGUUGGAGCGUGUGACCGACCCCGGGCCUCAGUGCUUGGCACUGAUCUGCCACAGAAAAGCUCACUGUCCCCGGCCUAUUGUCCGCGCAGCCAGGGUUGAGGAUCACAAUGAUAUUAUACCUCUGUUUGAUGAGCAGACAAACCUGCUGUCUAUCAGUCACCAGCCGUUCUUCCUCGCAGCGCUCAUUGAGGCCGAGGCCGAGGAGCAUCACACCGCUGUUUGCGAGAUUAAUGGAGUCGCCGUUGGCUUCAUCUGUGCCAGUGCUGAUGUCAACCUGAAGUGGCUCCUUGGCAGAUUUGAACUGAGUGAGUUUGACGGUUUGAUCAGAGAGCAGAAAACAAAACAUCAUAAAGUUCCUGCUCAGUCUGAUGAAGAUGAACAUAGGCGGGCUGCAGAGCAGGAGGAGGCUCAGCCAGCUUCAGAAAAAUUCAACACCUUCUGUAUUCAGAUCUUUGUUAUUGACAAGAAUUAUGAACUGAGAUCAGCGGACUUUAUUCCUUUUCUGUUCCAGGUUUUCCCCGACCAGAACUUCUGCGUUAUCACAGUUCCAAAUCUGUCCACUGAGUUCCCCCUGUUGCAGAACUUUAUCAGGGUGCCGUCAAUUCCCACCAGCUUGCCGCAACAUGAGCUCUAUAUCUUUCACCGCGAUGGAAUCAGGUCUUUGAGCGUGAGGCCAGCCGUGGCUCUGGACCGCUCUGCUGUCUCUGCUCUGGUGAAGGAUCUGAGUCUGAAUGAGUCUUUGCUGCAGGACCUGGACCGCUACUACGAGACUGGCUGUGACCAGGAUGCCGUUCCACUGCAGGCCUUCGUCGCCCAGGCAGAAGCAGAGUUAGUUGGGAUUGUCAUCAUCAAGGACGAGCAGGACAUCGAGUACAUCCGUGCUCACUACAACAUCGAGAGCUUCAUCUACUUUAGCCACCAUGGCUACGAUGAGCACGCUCAGAUACUCCACUUCGUCCUCAAAACCACCGUCCAACACUUCUCCAAGAACUUCUUUAAGGAGGUUCUCCGGCAGGCUCGCAAAUCCUGCCUGUACCUCCGAAUCUACCCCCCCUACCACAGCCAGGAGAAUUCCUGCGUCCACCAUCUGCAUUAUGUCCUCAACUGCGCCGUCCCCGUCUGCCCACGACGCCAGAUCAUCUACCCGCUGGAGGAGCUUGGCAUCAACGCCCCAUCUAGGCGGCUCACAGAAGACCAGGCACCGUUUGCUCUCAGCCUCGUCAGCAGAAAGUUGACCAUGGAGCCAAAGGUCACCAUUAAUACCCGGAUUGUGCUGGUGGGAGCUUCGGACACAGGUUUAGCUUUCCUCGAGGUGCUUUGUUCCUGGUGA